AGUAUCUUUCUCUUUUCAUAUUCCCUUCCCUAUCCCGAGCCUCUCACUCUCUGGUUCUCUCUUUUUCGUACGGCCAACUCCGGCGUUACACUGGACGAGAAAGAAAAACCGACUCACUUCCUUACACGACCUUACGUUACCGUGUAUCCAUCAUAGGCGCCACAGCAACCUCCGACUCGUGUCCAUUCUUAUCUUUGUUCCGUUUGUUUUCAUUCUUUCGAACACUAUCUCCGCAAUCUUCUUCUGUAGUCUUAUUUGUAGCUCACUCUAGGAGUUUGCGUUUGAUGGCUCGGUUGGUACUUCCAUACAAGAGUUCGGGUUUUGUGAGGACGAGUUUGUUGGGUUUGAUCUCAUCUGCUCCUCCUAGGUCUACCAGUCGUGUUGGGUUUAUUGAGAAUUCAGCAAAAACUGUCUGUAAACAUAAGCGUUUCCUUAGUUCGGAGCUUACGUGCAGAAGGAAUCUUUGUUUUCCAUUUCCUCCACUAUCUAGGACUAAGCGCUUGAGCCGGAGAUUGUUCUGUUCAGUUGCUACAGAACCAAAGCAAGUUGACAAAUCUGAAAUGGAUGCUCCAAAAGAAAUAUUUUUAAAGGACUACAAGAAGCCAGAUUAUUACUUUGAUACAGUGGAUUUGAAGUUUACUCUGGGUGAAGAGAAAACAAUCGUUAGCUCAAAAAUUACUGUGCUCCCAAGAGUUGAAGGUUCAUCUUCUCCAUUGGUGUUGGAUGGUCAAGAUCUGAAGUUGCUUUCAGUUAAAAUCAACGGCAAAGAACUAAAGGAGGAUGAGUACCAAGUUGACUCUCGCCAUCUGACACUUCGAUCUCUUCCAAGUGGUGCAUUUACCUUGGAAAUUGUUACUGAGAUAUAUCCUCAGAAAAACACAUCUCUAGAGGGGCUGUACAAGUCAUCAGGGAAUUUUUGCACCCAAUGUGAAGCUGAGGGCUUCCGCAAAAUCACAUUCUAUCAGGAUCGCCCUGAUAUAAUGGCAAAAUAUACUUGCUACAUAGAAGCAGACAAAACACUGUACCCUGUCCUAUUGUCUAAUGGAAAUCUUGUAGAUCAGGGAGAAUUGGAGGGUGGAAAACAUUUUUCCCUGUGGGAAGAUCCGUAUAAGAAACCUUGCUACUUGUUUGCCUUAGUUGCUGGACCGUUGGAGAGCAGAGAUGACAUAUUUGUCACACGUUCAGGUCGAAAAGUGUCCCUAAGGAUCUGGACCCCAGCACAGGAUGUUCCGAAGACUGCACAUGCUAUGUAUUCACUCAAGGCGGCUAUGAAAUGGGAUGAGGAUGUGUUUGGCCUGGAAUAUGACCUGGAUCUCUUCAACAUUGUGGCUGUUCCUGAUUUUAACAUGGGAGCUAUGGAGAACAAGAGUUUAAAUAUCUUCAAUUCCAAACUUGUGUUAGCAUCUCCUGAAACUGCCUCAGAUGCAGAUUAUGCCGCAAUCUUGGGAGUUAUUGGCCAUGAGUAUUUUCACAACUGGACUGGAAAUAGAGUAACAUGCCGCGAUUGGUUCCAGCUUAGUCUGAAGGAAGGUUUGACUGUCUUCCGUGAUCAGGAAUUUUCAUCUGACAUGGGGAGCCGGACAGUGAAGCGGAUUGCUGAUGUUAUGAGACUUAGAAACUAUCAAUUUCCACAGGAUGCUGGUCCCAUGGCCCAUCCUGUACGACCACACUCAUACAUUAAGAUGGAUAACUUCUACACAGUGACGGUGUAUGAAAAGGGAGCUGAGGUUGUCAGAAUGUACAAAACUUUAUUGGGGAGUCAAGGGUUCCGAAAAGGGAUGGAUCUUUAUUUCAAGAGACAUGAUGGGCAAGCUGUUACUUGUGAGGACUUUUUUGCUGCCAUGCGUGAUGCCAACGAUGCAGAUUUCGCCAAUUUCUUACACUGGUACUCACAAGCUGGAACUCCUACUGUCAAAGUUACAUCAGCUUACAACCCUGAAGCCCGCACAUACUCUUUGAAGUUUAGUCAAGAUGUACCCCCAACUCCGGGCCAAUCAGUAAAAGAACCCAUGUUCAUUCCUGUGGCAAUGGGUUUGCUGGACUCUACAGGCAGAGACAUGCUUCUAUCUUCAGUGUAUCAUGAUGGGAAACUGGAGUCUAUUGCAAGUGACGAUAAGCCAGUUUAUAGUACAGUUCUUCGAGUAACUAAGAAAGAAGAAGAAUUUGUAUUCUCUGAUGUACCGGAGCGGCCAAUUCCAUCUCUAUUGCGUGGCUAUAGUGCCCCUAUUCGUCUUGAAUCGGAUCUCACAGAUAGUGAUCUAUCUUUCCUCCUUGCUCAUGAUUCAGAUGAGUUUAAUCGAUGGGAGGCUGGACAAGUGUUAGCACGGAAGAUGAUGCUCAGCUUGGUUGCUGAUUUUCAACAGAACAAACAGUUGGUGCUAAACCCGCAGUUUGUGCAUGGACUUAGAAGCAUACUAAGUGACUCAAGUUUGGAUAAAGAAUUUAUUGCAAAGGCAAUAACACUGCCUGGUGAAGGAGAAAUAAUGGACAUGAUGGAAGUUGCAGAUCCUGAUGCUGUUCAUGCUGUUCGUACUUUUAUAAAGAAGCAAUUGGCCUCUGAACUUAAAGAAGAAUUGCUCACCACAGUCACAAACAACAGGAGCUCAAAGGAGUACCAAUUUGACCAUUCGAAUAUGGCAAGGCGUGCUUUAAAGAAUAUUGCUCUUGCAUAUCUGGCAUCCCUUGAAGAACCUGCUCUUACUGAGCUUGCGCUGAAUGAGUAUAGGUCAGCAACAAAUAUGACUGAUCAAUUUGCAGCCUUGGCAGCGUUAUCUCAAAGCCCUGGUAAAAGUCGUGAUGAUAUUUUGGCUGAUUUCUACAACAAGUGGCAGAAUGACUUUUUGGUUGUAAAUAAAUGGUUUGCACUUCAAGCCAUGUCUGACAUUCCUGGUAAUGUUGAAAAUGUCCGAAACCUCCUGAACCACCCGGCAUUUGACCUCCGCAAUCCAAAUAAAGUAUACUCCCUCAUUGGAGGUUUCUGUGGGUCACCCGUGAAUUUCCAUGCAAAAGACGGCUCAGGCUAUAGGUUCCUAGGAGAAAUUGUUUUGCAACUAGACAAAAUUAACCCACAGGUUGCCUCCCGGAUGGUGUCAGCCUUCUCGAGGUGGAGACGCUAUGAUGAAACCCGACAAAACCAUGCCAAGGCACAACUGGAGAAGAUUAUGUCCACCAAUGGUUUGUCGGAGAAUGUGUUUGAGAUUGCCUCAAAAAGCUUAGCUGCUUGAGUUGAUUUCAUCUGGUUUUGGAGAGAAACUACUCAAUUACAGAGAUGGCAUUUGCCACUAGUUUCGGCAUAUAGAGAAACUACCAUUUCCUUGCUUCUCUUAUGCGCAGAACAUCUCUGCCAAAUCCAUAGAUAGAUAUGCAUGUUAACCUUUAAAAAAUCGGUGCACUCUCUGAGACAUGUUCAUGCACUUCUUUUGGGGUUUGAGAUCUGUUUUGAGUCAUGAUAUUUGAAUAUUUUUCCUUUAAUAAAGUAUGGAAUAAGGUUUCUCUCUC